CUUGCAGUCUGGAGAAGGCACCCAUCAAACCUGAGACAGCUGGAGCAGUUUGCUCAGGAAGAGUGGGCCAAUCUACCUGUUAACAGGUGCAGAAGUCUCACAGAAAACAUUUGAUUGCAGUGAUUGCCUCUAAAGGUUGUGCAACAAAAUAUCAGAUGAGGAGGGUCCCGAGGGUUGAUGCAGUUUCUUCUCGUCGAGGUGCAUAAGUUGCACGAGCAGUUGCGCUGCAGUCGUUUGUGUGAGCGGCGUUUCUCUCAGUGCUGUCAUGUGGCCGAAGAGGAACGCAGUCAAGCUGAACGUAAAGCACAAGAGCUACGACAGGACAGGAUACAACUGGAGAGAGGGAGCAGCUCAGGAAGAGAAUACGAGAGGUGGAGCAAAGAGAUUGCUCCGCCCCCUGAGCCUUGAGGUGUGUGACAGCGCCCCCACAGCACAGGAGGACUCAACACCACUCACUGUGAAAACAAGAGAGCGCAUGUGUGAAAAUAAGGCUCUUUUAGACAUUCUGCAGCAGAACAGCGGCAUGAGUUGUGCAGCACCAUCGCCAGACUGCAGGGGGAGAUGGAGAGCUCAGAGGCGCAAAGAGAGAAGGUAUCGCUGCAUACUACACACUAUAUACUACCUGUCAUGUCAGUGUGAACAGUUGAAUCUGAAGGUCAGGACUCUACAGCUGAACUGGGAGACUGAACAGAGGAGGAGUAUGUCGUACUUCAACCAGAUCAUGGAGCUCGAGAGAGAGACCAGAGAGUGUGUGUUCCAGCUUGACCAGAGGGAGCCAGCACAACCAGAGCAGCCUCGCUACAUUGUCGUUUGGGAUAACGUCAGCUUCCAUCGCGCUGCUCUGGUUCGUGAAUGGUUUACCAAUAACCCGAGGUUUUCCAACAUCUUUCUGCCUGCAUACUCUUCCUUUUAUAACCCAAUAGAGGAGUUUUUUCGGCAUGGUGGUGGAAAGUUCUCUACAGUUAAAAUCAGUGAACAGUCUGAAGAUUUAUACUGCUUACCUUCAGAGGAAAAUCUGCUCACACUGGAGUGUAACAUAGAGAACGAUAUCAGCAGACUGUUAUCAUUUCCAUUUCCUCCCUGUGUGAACUCCAUUAACCGCAGAGUAAACAUAGAGUUUGAUCUGAACUCUUGGGGAAGUGAUGAGAACGAGACAAACACUGAGGAUUCAGAUUUGUGUCUGUUGAGUUCAUGGAGUUCUCUGCUGUCUCAACUCUUUUCUACUGACCUCAACAUGACCCUGACUCUCCAUGACCCCAAACCAUCGUCAUCAUCAUCUUCAUCAUCACUGGUGCUGUCUCCAGUAGUCUCUUCCUCACCCAAAAGCAUCAGCCUCGCUGAUGACAUCACUAUCGUUGCUGGCAAUAGGACGGGCAUGUUUGUGCAGUCAGUGAGGGUGGGCUCACAUGUGGAGCAGUGCGGUCUGAGAGAGGGGAGUGAGUUACUGGAGUUGGAUCAGGUGAUGUUCGGGGACGGUCAGUCAGUGUACAGCAGAAGUGGCUCAUUUCUCUCUCUCUGCAGUGGUGGACUGAACCAGACUCACUCAUACACACACACAACCAGGAAGGUAAACACACUUUACUGGCCUAAUGUUAUAUUAUAUUAUAUUAUAUUAUUGUCUCUGUCAGCUUAUUCUGCUUUACUGGAUGAACUGUUGUCUUUAUCCUUCACUGGUGCUGAUUCGUUCUGUGUGCGUGUGAACCUUGACCUCUGUUCCCAUGGCGACCCACCAUAUUUAGAGUUCAGUGUGACGAUGUGCUUCAUGUCACCGACACAACAUAUAACGGCAAAUAUCAGUGGCGCUGUGUCCGCAUGGACAAACAUACAGCUACACCACUGGAGACCGGAGCGGUGCCUAAUUACAACAGGUACACUCUAGAGGUUGACAGAUUUAGCGUUUUUGCAGAUAAAUCGGUACCGAUAGUUGCUUUUGGAACUAUUAAUCUGGACUCUUGUAGCCUCUUUGUCUGUGCCGCCUCAUCACAGUUAGGAAAGACUAAGAAAAAUUUGAAACAUAUUAAAACAAUUUUUAAAAGCUAUCGGCCAAUUAAUCGGUUAUUAGCUUUCUUCUAACAUCUGGUUAUCGGUAUCUGCAAAAUCCAAUAUCGGUCAACCUCUAGUACACACGAAACAUAAACACACUAAAAUACACAUAUUAUCAAAAUACACACAAAUUACAUCAGGUGCACACUUGAGUUCGACCGAUUUAUUGUUUUUGCCGAUAAAUCGGUGCCGAUAGUUGCUUUUGGAACUAUAAAUUUGGACUCUUGUAGUCUCUUUGUCUGCCCCGUCACAGUUAGGAAAGACUAAGAGCAUUUUUAACACAUUCAAUAAAUCGUUUUUUUAAAGCUAUCAACUGAUUUAUCAGUUAUCACCCUUUUCCUCCACUUUAGUUAUCGGUAUCGGCAAAAUCCACUAUCGGUUGGCCUUUAGUUCACACAAAAUAUGAACACACUAAAAUACACACAAAUUACAACAUGUACACACACAAUACAUAAACACACACUCAGGUAUAUUUCCAGGGACUCCUGAAAGUAUUGGUUUACUUAAGUCACACUUUGCAACAAAAUAUCUGUGUCAAUCAGGGCUCAGCAGCUGUUGUUAGUGAGACUGCGAACAAUGACACUAGAACAGAAUCAAUAUAGGAAGAAGGUGACAAUAUUACAAAUUAAUUACAGUAUAUUGAGACCUGUCUCUUUAGUAAAAGUCAUUGAGUUGUUUGUUGUGUAUGUGUAGUUCUGUAAGAAAUAUUCUGAGCUUGUUCGGCUGAUUAAAGCCGUCGCUUCAAACUAUCGCGCAAUCUGUUUGUCCAGUCUGGUGAUCUACGCACUCAGUAACCGUAAGCCCACUUCUACAUUCAACCUAUCAGAAAGUAAUAUCUGAAGACCUCAGAGUUAACACUAAUAGUAUGUGUGUGUUUUAAGGUCAUGAGGAGCAGCUGAUUCCCUUCAGUCUGGUUCAGUUGGUCCAUAUGUCCAGUAAGCAUCCGGUGGUCGUUGUGACUCGUUGUGCAUGACACCGCGGAGACUCACAGCAUGUGGAGGCUCAUGCUACUCUCCAUGAUCCACACACAACUCACCAC